CCCUUUAUUCUCUACGUCUAUCGCUCCUUCCAACAAUCACCAGUGAUGGACCCUUCUCUGCGCCUCGUCCCCUCCAGUCGUCCCAAGACUGCGUCCGUCGAGGACACCGCGAACGGUUUCGGUCUUCAUGACACCCUUUCACAUGGACCACGAAGUCUUGCGGCGGAAGUGCAGACUGUGAGCCCUAUCAAGGACAGGCUGGAGAACUGGGAAGAGACCCAGGACAAUUUCAAGCUGACCAUGCAGAGGAACGUCUACGGUUUGCAUGCACCUGUGCGCCAGCUCAUGGAGCGCAAAAUUGUUGGUUUCAACCCUCACAUGCCGACAUACCGAACGACAAACGUGCACCUCGAUAUCCUCAUGGGGAGGGACGAGACGAUAGAGCCUGCGGAUUUUAUGACAUCAGCCUCCGAGAUGGCGCAGCCUCUGGACAUCCGUGCUGAGAUGGAGAAGCGUUAUCGCCUUUAGACCACAACUGGAAUGUAUGUUGUAAUGAGCUGUUUCCGCUUAUGAUAAUUGUAUACUUUACAGCUGAGUCUCGCUGGGUUCUUC